CCGCUGCUGCUGUAUGUGUGUAUGUGCGUGCGUGUGUGUGUGUAUGUAUGUGUGUGUAUGUGUGUGCUGGCGGUCCGUAGCUGCUGUCUGUCCCAAUCAUUCCUCCUUCAAUGACUCGUCUCGUACCGACGCUUCCUUCUUCAGUUAGCUCUCCCUCAUUCAGCACAUUAAAUGCUGUUUAUGUGAUUAACCAGGAAACCGAAUCCUCUUCCUGACCAACUAAACUUGAAGCCUGCAUAUAAUUAUCGGAGUGUGUGGGAGCAUCAUGUGGAGGAAGGCUUCAGCAGCGGCCCUGCUGGCGUUAGCUGUUGGCUAUUUCUACUACGGAAGCCCGGACCUGCCAGAGCAGAUUCUGCAGUCCAUCAGCCUGCCAAACUUUCAGUCGUCCUCUCCGAGUCAGAACAGCGUGGAACAGGUGAUCUCCGCUGCCUGGGAGACUCUGAUAACUCUGCCGACCCGACAGUGGAGCAAAGUGGCAGUAGGGGUGAACGCCUGUGUCGAUGUGGUCGUCUCAGGAGUGGGACUGCUGCAGGCUCUGGCUGUGGAUCCUGGCACCGGCCUGGAUCAUGAAGUCUUGCACUCCAAAGAGGACUUGAAGGAAGCCUUCAUCCAUUUCAUGGCGCGUGGAGCCGCUGCCGAGCGCUUCUUCAGCGACAACGAGGCCUUUCAGAGGAUCGCACGUGCGGCAGCAGAGUACCCCGGUGCGAAGCUGUAUGUGGGAGGGAAUGCCGCCCUCAUUGGUCAGAAGCUCGCCACCUACCCUGAUCUGAUGGUCUUGUUAUGUGGGCCAGUGGGUCCUAAACUUCAUGAGAUGCUGGAUGAGCAGAUAGUCGUUCCCCCGGAGUCUCUCCAGGAGACAGAUGAAUAUCACCUCAUCCUGGAGUAUAAAGCAGGUGAACAGUGGGGUUCAACUCAGGCACCUCAAGCCAACCGCUUCAUCUUCUCUCACGACGUGUCCAACGGCGAGAUGAGCUCACUGGAGACAUUCGUGGCGAGUCUGGACGAGUUUGAGCCCGACUUGGUGGUCCUGUCGGGGCUCCACAUGAUGGAGGGUCAGGGCAGAGAGCUGUGGGAGGAGCGACUGAAGGAGGCUGUGUUAGCCAUAUCUGACAUUCCUAAAGAUAUUCCCAUCCACUUGGAGCUGGCAAGCAUGACCGACAAAGACUACAUGAACAGCAUCAUGCAGGAGCAGGUUAUGCCCAUUGUCAGCUCCAUUGGGCUGAACGAGCAGGAGCUGCUCUUCCUCUCUCAGGCCGGCGAGGGGCCUCAUGCAGACUUGGCGGCCUGGAAAGGCAUUCCAGACGUGGGCCAGGUCAGCGACAUCCUCCUCUGGAUCCUGGAGCAGCACGGCCGCAGCGAGCCAUCAUCGGAAGCGGACCUGACUCGCAUUCACUUCCACACGCUGGCCUACCACAUCCUGGCUACGGUGGAUGGAUACUGGGGGAACCAGGCGGCGGCAGUGAUGGCUGGAGCGCGAGUGGCCAGCAGUCAGGCCUGUGGCCUCCAGUCUGUUGACGUAAGCAAAGUGGAGCUCAAAGCCCCACUACAGUUCCACAGCUCACACGGCGAGCCACGAGAGAAGCUGUCCCUGAACCCAGCAGAGCCUGUCACAGUGUGGCGCCGAGGAAACGUCACCUUCCACAUGACAGCCGUGCUGGUCUGCAAACAGCCGCUCCGGACAGUAGGGCUCGGGGAUGCCAUCUCAGCAGAGGGACUAGUUUACUCAGAGUUAAAGACCCAGCAGCCCUUCUGAGGUUUGCUUGAAUCGGACACUCCAUUUGUCUGGAAGUCUGUGGUCGUUGGGUUGGAGUCAUGUUUCUAAACUUGUUCAGGCCUCCGUGUCCUGAUCCAGGUUCUGUGUCUUCCAUCCCGAAGCUCCACUGAGUUUAAGAAUGUGAUUGAUGGCGUUAGUUUUGAAUCCUGCCUGAUGACUCAUCCAGCCUGCUCCGGUCUCCUCUGUUCUCCCUUCUCUUAUCCUCCAGCAGACACAGACACUGAGGCAGAACUUGACAGAAGUGGAUCUGACCGGGCUGUGAGGUGGCCUGACGCACCGGCCCGCGGCUCAAAGCUGUCUUCACAACCUCCAAAGAGUUUUUGUUGGCUCACCUAAUUUACUUUGACCUGCAUAUCUUAAGUAUGCUGUGCCUUGAGAAAAUAAAAGAAUUAAAAAGUUAUAUUAUUUCCAACAUACAUUAUAUCAGAGCCAAAUAAACUUAAAACUAAGCAUUACAUUAGUUACCCUUCUGAGACACACACACACACACACACACACAUAAACAAUUGUGAAGACUAGAAACUGAUGAGCGUCUUACUAUAUUGUAGAAUCUAAGUGGUAUUCUUGAUGUUCUGUGUUUCUUCAACUUUUGGCGCAUUCACGUCAAAUAGUCACUACAUCACUUGAAAGCGCAUUCUCCCAUGGGUGUGUGACUUCUGUACGUGUAAUAACUGGUAACUAGAUAUACUUGACAUUUUUGUUAUUUGUUUUAAGGGGAUACAAGUACUAGAGAGUGUGACAAAAUUUGUGUUUUGUUUGGCUUAAACAGUCACUAUAAAGUUGUUUAAGUAAACUUUGCAUAGCAACAGUUAUUAUAGGGUUAUUAUAAUCUCUGUUGCUUAUAAAUUCCUGAUGCAGUGACCGUGUAAUUGAUUGGUUUUGGUUUGGUUUUGAAGGGGAUCCUUCUUUAUGCAGUAAAGCUCAGUUUACAAUCAGAUGCUGGCUAAUUAAUUAUGUUGGCGAUAAAACAAGUUAUUGGUAAAAUAAGAUUUACAAAUGAGGUAUAGGCCAUACGUUAUCAGGGUUACUGUACUUGUUUGCUUGUUUAUAUUUUGUUGGACAAGGUUCUUCUUUUCAGUGGUUGCUUUCCCUCACUUAUAAAAUGUGACUAUGUAACAGAGAAUCUUAAAAGCUGGCCAGUGUGAGUUUCCUGAUUCAAAUUCUAGCAUAUAGGUACAUUAUGCUUUUUCAUGGGGUUCUUAGUCAUGUUUUUUUAUCUGAGUUUACUUGGGAAGGCCUACAUCUCAUGUUAGAUGUACAUUACGUAACUGUCAGAAACAAUGUAUUUGUAUACCUCACAUGGCCACAGAAGACAUGCAAUAAUGAAGUCUUAAUACAAACAUACAACACAAAAUUGUAUGGCAUUUUGUUUAGCAGAAUUAAUUCUUUGCACUAGUACGAAGUGGCAGGUGUGCCUGUAAGGGUGAAUGUAACCUUAACUCCCAACCCUCCCCCCCUCCCCCUUUGUUUUUAGCAAGUACAAUCUAUUCAACUUAACUCAUUUGGUAGUUUGUGUCCUUUGUUUUUAUUAACAUUUGUUACUGUCAACAGGUUUCAUUUACUUGUAGUUUGUCAUUAAAGUAUGUAUGGGAAGUAGUACUUGACUUGAUUGUGGUGCUGCAGGUUAUUGUGCAUAUCUCAAUGUUAAUUGAUUGUCAAUGUUGAAAGAACAAACAUUUUAAACAUU